AUGCAUCCUGUGCGCACUUGGCUGGCUUCGUGGCUUAUGCUACACGCCCAGCAGGGACUGUCGCUGGUAUUCGAGGAAAUCAGUCACCUGCAAGUAGAACCGCAUUCUCUGGCCGUGCGUGGCUCUGGAUACUCGAACCUUGAUCUGCUCAAGCAGGACUCGUUCUAUUACAGCGGAGAACAAAAUGGCCAGUCAUCUUUGGCCAACUUCACAGUCUCGCUUCCCGGCGAACAAGAGAACAUUGUGUCCAUGGAGCGGUUCGAGAACCUACUUGAAUCAGUUCACUGCACCAACACUAGUGUUGCAAUGACCUUCAAAGAGGACCAAGCCUUUGCCUACACGGAGAACGCCUGGCAAUGGAUCAAUGAAAUGGAUGACCACAGUCUUGUAGUAGUACUUGGAAAAGGCUCCUGCAAAUGGAACGCCAACCGAUUUCCAUUCGUCGUUUCCAGUGUUUCGUAUGACGAGACCACCAAAACCACCAAGCUUCAGGGUCACAGCUCAAAGUGGGACGAGAUCGCACAUACCUAUGAGCUCAACAUAGGCAAACACGAGGCCUCUUCCGCAGCAAGACGUGAUAUUGACCGAUCCACAUCUGUGGACUUCAACCACGUGAUACCUGUGAAGAGCGGAAGGCUUCCAGAUGAGAGCAUUGACGUUAUCUGGGACUGUGCAGACUGUAGCACUCAAGGUGCUUUUGAACUGAAUUUCCACGUGAAGACUGUUGCUGGGAUCCCCAAGACGGGAAGCUUCAGUCUUAGCCCUAACGGUGUAUCGGCCACCUUUAUGCCACGACUUGCCAUCGAUAGUGACAUCAAGGACCAGAAAAGCGGAGAGUUCGACAUCGGAAGGAUACCCAUUGCUGGCAUCUCUAUUCCAGGUGGCGUCCUGAACAUUGGACCUCAGAUUGUUUUCAGUCUCGGAUAUAACAUGGGUCCAGUGACUGGCUCUGCUACCAUCACGGCUGGAACUACUGUCAGUCUCGAUGAUUCUGCUGAGGUAUCCUUCGACCUUGAAUCCCGUAGCGUGAAAGCGGAUGGCUGGACGCCCUCAGUUCAAGCAACUCCUGUCUCGGUUGAUGCGGAGAUCGAGGGUGACAUUGAGUUCUAUCCUAAAGCAUCAUUGCAGAUUUCUGUCCAGGUGAUAGGCAAGGGAGUCGAGGUGGGCCUAAAUUUGAAACCAAUUAUUGCCGCCACCAUGUCUGCUGUCCAUUCGACUGAAGGGGCUUGCCCUGAUGACCCCAAGCACCGUCAGAAUGGGGUCACGGUCGACCCGUCUGCGAGUGUUACCCUCAAUUUUGAAGCCACUUUUGGCAAUGACGAUGGAGCACCGGAUGUUGACCAUAUUCUUGCUGAAUACACUGCGCCACUUGAAUCAAAAUGCUACCCUGUCGGCCCUGAACCGAGCAGUACACCGACUCCCUCUGGAAGCCCAACACCAUCCAGCAGUGCCCGUCCAUCAUCUUCACCCAUUCCACCCUCGGUUUAUCCAACGCCGUCUACUACUCCUUCGUCGGCUCCACCAAGUUCAUCAACACCUCUUUCUUCCUCUGUCCCUCCAACCCCCUCGUCAGAAACUCAGCCAACCAAACGCGCACACCACCACCGACGAAUGGGCUCUCAUCGGCGACACGGACACCUGUAA